AUGAGCAGUAGUAGGAGUAGUGACAGGGGGAGUCGCUGCGGCAGCCAGACAGCAGCUGCAGUGGACAACAAAAAAAGGAUUAGCAGUUGCCACAGAGCCACGCACGAUACAGCCAACGCAACAGAAACUCAUCGCAACAACGAUAAUUUAGUUUUCGAACUGCGUAUCAAGACUCCACCUCAAACAUGUGCCCCGCACUGUGAGAGCUCAUGCGUGUGUUUGCUUGAUUUGCAUAACUUUCUUCUACAGCGGAAAACUGAUGCAACGACAGGCGAAACACCGCUGUUCGAAGCAGCUUCUGCAGCGAAUCUGCGAAUUGUAGCUGCGCUGCUGUUGCAUGGGGCAGAUUCCUUGCACCGGACCGAGCAUGGUGCCGUUGCUGCAGACGUGGCAGAGGAUCCAGCAACACGAGCUUUGCUGAAAAGAUGGGAUGGCCAGGACUCGGUUCCAAAGAGUCAUCUUGUCCAAAUGUUGGGCAAGCUGACAGAAGCUGACGCCAAAUCCGUGGCCUCGCGUUUGAAACUCGAGGUGGGCAUGGAGGAGCUGAAGGAGAGCCAACCAGAAAGUCUGGCACAAAUUGAUGCAGCGAGUCCUGGAGUUCGGUAUCGCGUCGUUUACAAGAAGGUGGCCGUUCGCAAGGAACCCAACACGAAAUCGCAAGCUUGGCGCCAAGUGCCGCAAGGUGAGAUCGUGGAGAUGUUUAAAUGGGACGACAGUCAUGCCUGGCGCCGUGUUCGAAUUCUUGCGAUCCGAGAAGCGGAAGAAGGCGGCGGUAUGCAGGAAGUGGACGGCUGGAUGUUGAUCGAGUCACCAAGUAUUGGAGUGCUGCUGCAAGAAGUCAGCCAAGGAGAUGAUUCCGACGACGACUUUGCUGGCUGA